AUGUCGGGACAGCAACCCGUGUUCGUCAUGAACACCGGUCCAGAGCGACAGACCGGACGUAAAGCUCAGAUUUCCAACAUUACCGCUGCCAAGACCGUCGCCGAUGUUAUUCGAACCUGUCUCGGUCCCAAGGCCAUGCUCAAAAUGAUCCUCGAUCCCAUGGGCGGUAUCUUGCUCACCAACGACGGCAACGCCAUCCUGCGUGAAGUUGAGGUCGCUCACCCCGCUGCCAAGUCCAUGAUCGAGCUCAGCCGCACCCAGGAUGAAGAGGUAGGUGACGGCACCACCAGUGUCAUCAUUCUGGCUGGUGAGAUUCUCGCGCAAUCCUUGCCUCAGCUCGAACGAAGUAUCCAUCCCGUCGUCAUCAUCUCGGCAUUCAAAAAGGCGCUCGCAAGAGCACUCGAAAUCGUAGAGGAGAUCUCUGUGCCUGUCGAUGUCACCAACGACAAGGAUAUGCUUGCGCUCAUCAAGACUUCCAUCGGCACUAAGUUUGUCUCGAGAUGGUCCGAGCAGAUGUGCAAGCUCGCGCUCAAAGCCGUCCGCACCGUAGCCAUGGUCGACUCCACCGCUGGCUCUUCGGCGAGCAGCGAUCCUAGCAAAACGGUCGAUAUCAAGCGCUACGCUCGUGUUGAAAAGGUGCCCGGCGGAACUAUCGAAGAUUGCCGAGUUCUGGACGGUGUCAUGCUCAACAAGGAUGUCACGCAUCCCAAGAUGAGGAGACGCAUCGAGAAUCCACGAAUCAUUCUGCUCGACUGCCCGCUUGAGUACAAAAAGGGCGAAUCGCAGACCAACAUUGAAAUCACACGCGAGGAAGACUGGAACAAGAUCCUCGAGAUCGAAGAGCAGCAGAUCCAAGCCAUGUGCGAAAAGAUUAUCGAGUUUCAACCGGAUCUCGUCUUUACCGAGAAGGGUGUUUCCGAUCUGGCGCAACACUACCUGCUCAAAGCUAACAUCACGUGCAUUCGACGCGUGCGCAAGACGGACAACAACCGUAUCGCUCGUGCUACGGGCGCUACGAUUGUCAACAGGGUCGAUGAUCUGCGCGAUGCGGAUGUGGGGACUCGAUGUGGGCUCUUCCACAUUGAAAAGCUCGGCGACGAGUACUUUACCUUUUUGGAAGAGUGCAAGGAGCCCAAGGCGUGUACAAUCCUGCUGCGUGGGCCGAGCAAGGACAUUUUGAACGAGAUCGAUCGCAACUUGGCUGAUGCGAUGGCUGUGGCGCGUAAUGUGGUGUUCAAUCCACUGUUGGCACCCGGAGGAGGAGCUACCGAGAUGGCGAUUGCGUAUGGGCUGUCCGAGUAUGCCAAGGAGCUCGAAGGCGUUGAGGUGGGGCCCAUCCGUGCGGUUUCGGAUGCUAUGGAGGUGAUUCCACGUACGCUUAUUCAGAACUGCGGUGGUAACGCGAUCAAGACACUCACCACGCUGCGCGCCAAGCACGCAAACGGCCAGCACUCGUACGGCGUCGAUGGCGAAACGGGCAAGGUGGUAGAGAUGAAAGAGUACGGCUUGUACGAAUCGGCCGCCGUGAAAAUUCAGACGCUCAAGACCGCGAUCGAGUCAGCCUCGUUGCUGCUCAGAGUCGACGAUGUCGUUUCCGCCAAGAGGGCAAGACAGCCCGGAGGCGGCGCUGCUCCAGGCGUCCAAGCUCCCGACGCCGGCAUCCCCGAAGACGCCGCCCCCGACAUGCCCCAGAUGUAA